CCGCCCCCAUCUUUCCUUACUAUCUUUUUAAAUUCUUCGACGUCUCUGGAGGAGGGAGCAGGAAACCGUCCAGGCCCGUUUUGAUCACCUGUCUUCUCACGCUUCCUUACCUCUGCACCGCCUUUCCCUUCAGACUUCUCUGAUCCUUUCCCCGCACGCAUCGCUUUGUGCGCCUCGCACCGUUGGCUGCAGCUCCGUCAGUCACUCGCGUCAUCGUCGCGUGCGCGCGUGCACAAAGGGUUCAAUCUGCGAGGAAAAAAGGUUGCUGCACGCAAGGGUCUCCACGGCGGCGACGGCGACAGCGACGGCCUUCUCACUCGCUAUUGUCCUCCUUUCUGCACGACGACGCCCUCAUCGCCAUGACGCCUCCUGGCUCCAUCUCCCCCAAUCGGGCUGGCGGUGACCGCGGCUCCCGCUCGCCGUCGUCGUCGACGACCAUACCAAAGAUCAAAAGGAGCCCCGUAAAGGCCGGCCGAAUGGACCUCAAAUCGAUGCGGACAAACACCAUGUUUGAAGCGCGCGAUGCUCAGUCGCACAACCGUGACCGGCCCUUGCCAGAGUGGACAAUCCCCCCGAGUCGCUAUCGGGCCAAGACGCUGUUUCUGGGAAAGGACCACGAGCGGUGGCAACAACACGAGCGCGAGAGCAUGGGCACCUUUGGUGGCUCGGUCCAUCUGGCCUUCAAAAAGGGCACCUCGAGCUUGGUCAACCGAUCCAAGCUUGCCGCCGAGGACGAGGGCGACGAAGAUGAGGACGACGAGGAUGACAACGAGGACGAGGACUACGACGAGGACUCAGACGGGAGGAGAGGGUCGGGCAGCAGGUGGUCCGAGGAUGAUGCAUGGAUGUCCGAGAGUGCCAGCAGUGCUGCUCCUUCCACGCGGCGCAACAGUCGCAGAAGCAGCAGCAAUGGCAGUGGUCUCUGGAGGCCGCGGAUCAAGCAGCAGCUGCAACCUGGAGGCCAUGACGCUGGAGCGACGAGGAGGGGCUCCUCCUCGGCUAGCAGCAACAGGCAGGGCGGCGACACCGCGACGACAACUGCAACGACAACGGCGCCAAGACCGAGGCGUUUCUCAUCCAAUGGCCCGGAGGCCGCCAUCAUGAGGCACGAGACUGUCAUUGGCAUCCACACGCCCAGGCGCGAAUCGUCUUCGUCGAGCGCAUCGUCUAUCGGUGGAGCACCACAGCAGCAUUUUGAGCGUCUGUCUCUCGCCCCGCUCAGCCAGAUCAGCCCAGCAUCUGGUCCUGUCAGUCAGGUGUCGCCCGUGGGGGCCUCAUCUCCAGCGCACACUCAGAGCGCCUCGCGGACCCGGAAACCAAAGCACAGGACCAGUUCAUCGGAUCUUCUCGCCCAGGCAGCUGCAGCUGCAGCCGCUUCGGCUCAGGGCGGCGCGGCCGACGACGACCAGGAUUCGAUGAGCGUAGAGAGCAUGGUGCAGCAUGCCCGGGAGAAAGCUCAGCUGCGCUACGAGCAGUUGGAGGGAGUCGAGUACGACCGAUCCGAUGAAUCUUCCCCGUCAAGUCACCUGGGCGCGGACGGCUCACGCAUCACCGGCUCGCAGACUGCGUCGAGGAGCUCCUCGCCUCGUUUGGCUCUCAAAUUGGCGAGGAGAAGAAAGCCGAUCCCGGUCGAUGGUACAUUGUACGACCGUACCGGUCCCUUUCGCGAGGGUGCCGUCACUGACGGCCUCUCGGUGCGCCUGUUCAGCGCCGAAGACACCGGCGACGGUGUCGCCUUCGCAGACGAAGACGAGAAGCGAGACUUCCACCAUCGCCAUCACUCUCACAAGAUCCCGAGUUCCAAUCUGCGGAGAUCGAGCCUGGUUCACGAAGAUGCAGUGGCCGACGAGGAUAUGGUCCCCACAACGUACCUCAUCACAACGCCUGACAACCGAGUCUCGAGUGCGGCCAAGCUGCGGCGUUGGGCCAUGGAUGGCGACGGACGCUUCUAUGCUGCCAUGGAGAUCAAGAGCAUCGAGGCAAAGAUGCGCAACGUGGACCCGACCCUGGGCGCCAACCCCUUGUCCAAGUCCCUACUCCGCGAGCUGCGCGAUCGCUACGUCGAUGACAUCCUCGACGAGGUGCAAAAAGCAGAGACGCUCAAUCCUGGUCGCAUGGCUGUGGCAAAGGUGCUCAAGACAUCUGAUGGCAAAUACGUCCGGCUGGAAGAGGACUACCCCGAGGAGGCCUUUUUCGUCAUCGCAGGCUGCGAAGAGAGAGAGCUCUACCCCGUUGUGGCUCUUGUCUUUGUCAAUGCCCUCCGCGCCAUUGUCGGAUUCCACGCUGCUGGAUGGCUGCAUGGCGACAUCAAGCUGGAGAACUUGAUGUUUGAUGAGCAGGCGAGGCUUGUCGUGAUUGAUUACGAAAACGCCAAUCCAUUCCGAGGCAUCCCCGGGGGCGAUGGGCGCGUGACGCUGGCAAGCUAUGACUGGAUUCCUCCCGAGGCCUUUGCGGGACCCCAGGGCAGGCGUGUUGGUGCCUCUGCGGAUUUGUGGGCGCUUGGGUGCAACCUUGUGCGAGCAUUUGCGCUGCGAGACGACAUCGAAGACAACGAUAUCCGAGAAACGCUCCUGGGUAAAGGUCAAUCUGGUUUCCUCGAGUUCCGGAGGACGAAGCUCCUGAAGAGGAGCAGCACGGGCGCCAUUCCUGCCUCUCUGCCCACGCCCGACGACGUCGACCUCGCUGCGAUUCUGCACGACGAGGAAGGGGAGGGCUUGGAUUCCGAUGACCCAAGAGUCAAAUAUCUCCCACCACCACCGGGUCCUUCACCAAAGAGGCUGCUGGAACGCUUCGCCCGCGACGCUCCCCAGCUCUGUAAGCUCAUCAUUGCCCGUUGCAUCUCGGACCGACCCGAGGAGAGGGGCGUGGAGGCAGAGGCAGACUGCCUUGCCUUCGCUACCGCUCUGGAGCGUGGACAGAUCACUUGUGCAGAUCUUGACGAGCACGAGAAGCUACUGGAGGUCGGCGAGAAAGCCGUGAGGACGGCCAUUGAUCUCAGUGGAAGCGCAUGGGUCAGGCCGAAGCUCGAAGAUGCUCGACUCAGCCUGGGACUGUGAUAGAUAACAUAAUGCAUGCAGAUUAUGAACAUCUUUGACUCUACUUUAUCUAACGGAAGCGGCCUCUUUUUGCUGUUCCAUCAUCGCUGUCUUCUCCUGAACUUCCUCCCCGCCUUGUGUGAGACUGAUUGUCAUCAUCAUCGUCGUCGUCAUCGUCAUCAUCGUCAUCGUUGUCGUCGUCAUCGUCUUCAUUGCUACCUUUGCCUUUGUAGCUUGACCCUCCCUUGUUGUCAUCGUCCCCAUCGUCGUCGUCGUCGUCGUCCUCUUCCUCUUCAUCGUCCUCUUCUUCAUCCU